AUGGUGGCGGCACGGGCGGCGGCGUGGCUGCUCCUGGCUGCGGCGGCCUGCGCGCCGCGGGAGCAGGACUUCUACGACUUCAAGGCCGUCAACAUCCGGGGCAAGUUGGUGUCGCUGGAGAAGUACCGAGGCUCGGUGUCCCUGGUGGUAAAUGUGGCCAGCGAGUGCGGCUUCACAGACCAGCACUAUCGGGCCCUGCAGCAGCUACAGCGGGACCUGGGGCCCCACCACUUCAAUGUACUUGCCUUCCCCUGCAACCAGUUUGGCCAGCAGGAGCCCGACAGCAACAAGGAGAUCGAGAAUUUUGCCCGCCGCACAUACAGUGUCUCUUUCCCCAUGUUUAGCAAGAUUGCAGUCACCGGCACUGGUGCCCACCCUGCCUUCAAGUUCCUGACUGAGACUUCUGGAAAGGAGCCUACCUGGAACUUCUGGAAGUACCUAGUGGCCCCAGAUGGAAAGGUGGUAGGAGCUUGGGACCCAACUGUGUCGGUGGAGGAAAUCAGGCCCCAGGUUACAGCGCUUGUGAGGAAGCUCAUCCUGAAGAAGCGAGAAGACUUAUAA